AACCACACCGAUGCAAUGUCCCUUUUUCAGUCUCAGGAAUUCCUCUGCCACCUCCUGCUGUUGGGUGUCUUUGCGGCGGUUUAUUGUUUCCUUUUGAUGGGAAUUCAGAUCCACAACUAUAAUUGGCAGCACCUAACUCAUGCAUGGACGGAUCUGAAGGCUAACAAAAACACUGAUCCAAUGUUCAGUUAUCAGGACACGUUUAAUUGCUGCGGCUUUAUGGACCCCAAUGAAUAUGUACACAUAAAUUUGACUUUGCCCGAAAGCUGCCUGAUAGAUCAUAGCAAUAAUGUCAAGGAAUCGUGCUACAAGGUAUUUAGAGAUGCGGAUUUCACCUAUUAUGCUAUCAUCGUUGCGAUUUUGUGUGCCUAUAUAGUUAGCAAACUUCUUCUUGACUAUGUUGAAUGGAGGAUGAUUCUGCUAUCCACACUCUCCAAGGAUUCGAAGUGA